AUGCAGGGGUUCGGCAUCCAGGCCGCCGGCGCCAUCGCCAUCGGUGUCACCGCGCUGUUCCGGAGCCGGUUCCCGGCGCCGGCGUACAACGUCGACCCCGCGGCGUCCACGCCGGCGGAGGCGGACCUGGUGUGGCGCAUCAUCCUCAUGUUCGGCGCCGUGCCCGCGGCGCUCACCUUCUACUCACGGAUGAAGAUGCCCGAGACGGCGCGGCACACGGCGCUGGUGGCCCGCAACGCCGAGCGCGCCGCGGCGGACAAGUCCAGGGUGCUCCAGGUCGACAUCGGCAGUAAGGAGGGGCUGGAAGAAGAAGCGACGACGAUGGGGCCGCCGCCGUUCGGGCUCUUCUCCCGUGAGUUCUUUCGUCGGGACACACCUGCUGGGCACGACGUCGACACGCUGAUCGCGCUGUGCGGCACGGUGCCCGGGUACUGGUUCACGGUGGCGUUCAUCGACGUGGUGGGGCGGUUCGCGAUCCAGGCGGUGGGCUUCCUCAUGACGGCGACCUUCAUGCUGGGGCUGGCCGUGCCGUACCGCCAGUGGACGCGCCCCGGCAACCAGACGGGGUUCGUGGUGAUGUACGCGCUCACCUUCUUCUUCCCAAACUUCGGGCCCAACGCCACGACCUUCAUCGUGCCCGCGGAGAUCUACCCGGCGCGGCUCCGCGCGACGUGCCACGGCAUCUCGGCGGCGUCGGGCAAGGUGAGCGCCAUCAUCGGCUCCUUCGGGUUCCUGUACCUGGCGCAGAGCCAGGACCCGGCCAAGACGGCGCACGGUUACCCGCCGGGCAUCGGCGUGCGCAACUCGCUGCUGCUGCUCGCCUGGUGCAGCUUCCUGGGGUUCAUGCUCACGUUGCUGGUGCCGGAGCCCAAGGGCAAGUCACUCGAGGAGAUGUCGCGCGAGACCGAGCCGGCCGCCGCCGAGCCGUAA